AUGCUCUUCUUCACAGCAGUCGCUCUCGUCUCUUCUCUCGUCUCCCCAGUCUUCGGCGCGACGUACCAGCAGACCGACAGCUUUGUUGGGUCCCAGUUUUAUUCUGGUUUCUCCAAUCAAGCAAUUUCUGACCCUACCAACGGGCGUGUAAACUAUGUCGACGUUUCGACGUCUAAAUCCCGCAAUCUGACCUACGCGUCUGAUAACACCUUCAUCCUACGCGCGGAUGAUACGACCGUCUUAAGCGCGAGCGGACCCGGUCGUAACUCCGUUCGUCUGAUGUCAAAUAAGCAGUACGGCACCAACACCGUCAUGGUAUUCAACAUCCGGCAUAUGCCACAGGGAUGCGGCACCUGGCCUGCGGUAUGGACUGUGGGCCCUAACUGGCCCAACGGGGGAGAGAUUGAUAUCAUUGAAGGCGUCAACAACCAGGUGUACAAUCAAGCUACUUUGCACACGUCAUCUGGAUGCACGAUGCCCAGCAAUUCGCGCACUCAGUCUGGGGUCGCUCUGCAAAACAACUGCGACGUAAACGUUAACAGUAAUGCAGGGUGCGGUGUCCAGUUCCAGAAUGCGAACAGCUACGGAGCGGGCUUCAACAACAACGGCGGAGGCUGGUAUGCCGUGGAGAGGACCAACUCAUUCAUCAAGGUAUGGUUCUGGGGCAGGCAUGAUUCCAACGUUCCCUCUGCCGUCAGCAAUGGUAGCGGCUCCGUCAAUACCGAUAGCUGGGGAACACCCUUCGCGUAUUUCCCGAGCAACUCUUGCUCCUUGGCGAGCCAUUUCAGCGCCCAGAACAUUAUCAUCAAUUUGACUUUCUGUGGCGAUUGGGCUGGAAACGUAUACGCGAGCUCCGGUUGCCCUUCCUCUUGUGUUGACUUUGUCAACAACAACCCCGGUGCCUUUUCCAAUGCUUACUUCGACUUUGCUUGGGUGAAGGUAUACGGCUAA